GGUGGAGAAUCCGCUGAGCGUUUCCGGAACCGCAAAGGAUAUUUUUCGUUAAACGUUCAAGCGAUAUGCAAUGCUAAUUUGGAAAUAAUUGAUGUUGUUGCAAGAUAUGAUGGAAGCACUCACGACUCCAGAAUAUUUCGAGAGUCAAAAAGAAGAGCUUUAUUUGAGCAAGGAGUUUAUGGGGACGCAGUACUGGUAGGAGAUAGUGGCUAUGCCUCUGCAAAUUACAUGAUGAUACCACUACAAGAAUGCCAUACACCAGCGGAAAACUUGUAUAAUGAGUCACAGAUAAGGACGAGAAAUGUUGUUGAAAGAUUUUUCGGUGUUUGGAAAAGACGUUUUCCAGUAAUGGCUUUAGAUUUACGAGUAAAACUGAUGCGUGUUUUCCCUAUCAUCACUGCAACAUUAGUAUUGCAUAAUAUUGCCCGAAUAGCUGGAGAAGAAGUCCUCAGAGGCUUUAAUAUGAUACUCCCUGCUCCUUGGGAAGAAAUACUUGCCCAGGAUAACAUAGACAUUGAAUAUGCGCCAAACCCCAUUAAUCGAAGAGUAACACAGCAAAACAGUGGGCGACAGGCGUUAAUAGAUGGUCACUUUGAGAGGUAA